AUGGAAUCUGCUUCAAGUUUAUCAUUAACCACACAAACAAAUAGUUCUACUUCAACUAUAGAUAUCUCAAAACCAAUUUAUGAAAAUAUUUGUAUGCUCUAUAGUCGUGACCAAAAGCAAAUCUUGAGUUUACGAUAUUUUAAUAAAUUUGAUCUCGAUCUAACAGAUUCGAUCUUAAAUGCCAAGUUUAUCAACCACCACCACAAUAUCAAACAAGCAACGAUCUCAGACGAUUUUCAUAUCUGGGAAUUACCCUUAGACUCCACAAUAAAGCAAGGUGUUGUUACAAUUCAAAUGUCACCAACUGAUUUUGAUUAUUGGUUUUUGGAAUUAUUAAUAUCAAAUUCAAAAAUAUUUUAUGAUUCAAUUAAAAAUUUUAAUUAUUUAUCAGAGCAAAUAACUGAUAUAUUUGCAUCAAAAUUAAAACAUACAGUAGAACAUGAUAAAUGGGAAUCAAUAGGCAGACUUAAAUUCAAGAAAGGUGUUGAAUUUUUCACUAGUAGAGGUCAACCUUUGGAAGCAGUAUUACCGGCUUUUCCAUGUAAAUCAUCAAAUCAUGAGAAAGUUUCAGGAGAUUUACCUGAUAAAGGUGAAGAACUCGCUCUUAAACGAUUAAUAUAUUUUGCUGAAGAAAUUGAAAAAAUAUAUCCACCUGGUAUUAUUAUAUGGAUUAUAAGUGAUGGUCAUGUUUUUAGUGAUUGUAUUGCAGUUGAUGAUUUGAAAGUUAAUCAAUAUUCCAUUGCUUUAAAACAUUUAUAUAAAAGAAUCACCCCAAAAAAUUCAAUAAUAAAAUUCAAUUCACUUCCUGAAAUUUUUAAAAAUUAUGAUAAUGUACCAAUAAAUAUUGACUUACAACACUUUUUGGGCACCAAAUUAGAUUAUGAAUCUGAAACUUGUCGUAAAAUUAUGAUGUUAUCAUGUGAUACAGAUAAUGGUAAGUUGAAAAAUGAUAUUAAUACACCAAAUCAUCCAAGAUUAUCAUUAUUUCGAGGUUUUAGUAAAUUUAUGACUGAAGAUUUACAAUUUCAUCCAGAAGUUUCAUCAAUAACUAGAAAAAAAUUUAAAAAAAUUGUUAGUCAAGUUGCAUUUGAAAUGAUUAAACGUAAUGAUGCAUAUUCAAAUUUAGUUGAAUUAAUGUUUCCAUUUCAUUUAAGAUUUUCUAUUCAUGCGCAUAAUAAUGCAGGUCCAAAAUUUGGUAUAUCUUUAUUAAGUCAAAAUGGAAUUGAUGAAAUAUUACCAAUUAACAAUAUCAAAGAUCAUAAAGCUCCAAAAACAACUGAUUUAUUACACAUUCCAACUCCUUGGCAUAAUUCCAUAGUUUGUAUUGAUGAUGAUCCAACUUAUUAUGUUAUAAAAUCAAUUGAAGUUGAAAAAGAACUUAAAAAUGGAAAUGGUGGCUGGGAUUCAAAAAAUUUACACUACUUUUAUAAGAAUCAAAAAAUUAAAAACAAUAACAAUAACAAUAAACACGAAAUAUAA